UUCUUUGAUAGUCGUCCUUUAAGAUUAAUCAAAUCAUUCACAACCAGUAUUCACAACAGUCGAUAGAAAUGUUUAACUAGAGCUGGUAAAAGCGUUGAGAGUAGAUUACCUCAUCUAUUCUCACAAUCAGUGACGAGAGUAGUAAAAUGAUCCGACUAAUUUUCAACGUCACACCAAUCAGACAAUAUCAGAUCCCUCGUUUCAGUAAUAAUAUUGUAUCCAUAACGUGGAGACGUGGUAAAUCAACAAUGCCGUUACCAUUGGUAGCAGUUUGUCAAAUGACUGCCACUGGGGAUAGAGAAAAAAACUUCACCAUAGUAUCCGAUCUUGUUUCUCAGGCAAAACAGAGUAACGCCUGCAUAGCUCUAUUUCCAGAGGCUUGUGAUUACUUGGCUGAAACUAAAAAGGAUAUAGUAGCUAUGGCCGAACCUCUAGAAGGAGAAUUGGUGAACCGCUACAAAUGUUUAGCUAAAGACAACAAUAUCUGGUUAUCUCUGGGUGGUAUUCAUGAAAAAUUUGAUGACAGCUCUACCAAAAUUUAUAAUACACAUGUUUUAAUAAAUAAUGACGGUGAAAUGAUGGGAGCAUAUCGGAAGAUUCAUUUGUUUGAUAUGGACAACCAAGAUACGGGAGUUAGAUUGAUGGAAUCUGACUACGUUAAUCAAGGUUGUGAAAUAAUACCGCCCAUAUCAACUCCAGUAGGGCUUAUGGGCUUGAGUAUUUGCUACGAUAUGCGAUUCCCUGAAUUAUCUUUGAUGCUGAGAAAAAUGGGAGCUCAAAUUCUGACGUUUCCAUCUGCAUUUACGUAUCAAACUGGUGCUGCACAUUGGGAGAUUAUCCUACGGGCUAGAGCUAUAGAAACCCAAUGUUAUGUGAUAGCGGCGGCUCAGACAGGAUCGCAUAAUAAGAAACGUGCUAGCUGGGGGCACGCUAUGAUCAUCGAUCCUUGGGGUACGGUCAUAGCUCAAUGUGGUGACAAGACAGGUAUUGCACUGGCUGAAAUUGACUUGGAGUUAUUAAAUAGAGUCCGAAAAAACAUGCCUUGCGAAAAUCACAGACGCACAGACUUGUAUUCAGAAUUGAAACCUUUGAAGUAAGCAUUAAUAAAAACACCAAUCAAAUA